AAAUUAAAAAAAAAAAAAUAAAUAAAUAAUGAGAUUCCAAGUACAUUUAAUCUUCCUUGUACAUUUCCUGCUCAAUGUUGGAAUAUCUAUACCACUACCAGUUAAGGAUUUAAAGGAUUAUGAUACGGUUACUGGAGCAUCAGAGAAAAAUUCAACAGAUAAGAUUGACGAUCUCUUGUUGUUGGUAUUGUUGUUGUGCUCAUGAAAUGAAAUGUCCUCCCUCCACCGAAACCGCCGAUACAUUGCCAUCGUCAACGGUGCAACACACAAUAAAAUUCGAAACUACUUUAAAACCACGAGGCAUUCGCAUUACCGUUGAAGAGGAACACGAAGAACACCCGGCAACAUCACAAGAUGCCUUGACCACGGCAGAGCAAAACUAUUUCUCAACCUACUAUCAUCAUCCGAGCCUGCCACCAUUGGGCCACUCCCGACCCUAUUACCAAGCCACAGAAGAGCCAUUCUUUCGCACAUAUCUCAAUCAACAGCAUCAGAAACAUUUCCUCACAAAGGUGCGACCCCAAGCCUUUACACAUUACGAUUCCAGCAUUUUGGGUUCGGGAGAUUUUGGUAUUUUACGUGGCGGUACCUUUUACUCGGACGAAGAUCUGGGUUAUCAUCAAGAGAGUACUGGAGAUUUUUAUUACAGUGAUGCCAGCAGUAAUUCCCACAGUGGUCCCGCCACAGAGGGCUUCAUACAAAAAUACACCUACCCUGAGGAACAGUUUGCACAAUUUCGUGAUUUUGCCGAUUUAAAUGCACCCUCAGAGGCGGAUUUUUCACAAUAUGUUGUUGUCUAUGCGCCCAAGAAUUCUUCGAGUCCAAAGACAGAGUCGAGACAUGGGCCAAAUAACAUUUUCGAACAAUUACAACAAAUCGAUGAAGAAAAGGCAGCCGAAGAGAGAAAACUGAAAAAGAAUACUUCGUCGACGUUGAGUUCAAAGAAAAUGAAAUUGGUUAAAACAAAAAUUGUCAAAAAGAAAUGGUUACCGAAGGUGCCAAAAGUCAUCAACGAAGAAGAUCCUUUGUUGGCUCUAAGUUAAUGAGAUCAAAAAGCAGUAGAAGUAACCCAAGGUGUUCGGAAGAAAUUAGUUAACGGUCAAAUUUUUAAAUUUAAAAUUUGGACAAAUCCUGACAAUUAUGUGUAUAUAUUGUAUAAUUUGAAAUAACUGCCUAAAUUUCGUGUAGAAAUUUGUACAUUUAACCUGCAAGUAGUUAAAAUUAGAUUUAAACAUUUACACCACUAUUUUUUACGCAAUAAAUUUUUGUACGGUA